CCAAGACCUAGCAGGGUCCUCUGUCCCCUGCUCUGGGCCACUCCCAACGUCACCCCCACCCUGAGCCCCUAACUUGCAGAUUUGGGACCCAGGGGCACCUCCCUACCUCAGCUAACCUCCUCUGGACCAGGAGUGCACGACCCAGAUCUCACUACCUCCAGGAAGCUCCAAACAGGAUGGGGGCCAGGGUGGUGCCGGGGCUGCAGCUGGCGCUGUUGUUACUGCUGGUGCUAGGCUCACCUGAGUCGGGGGUCCACGGGGAGGAAGGGUUGAACUUCCCCGAGUACGACGGCGUGGACCGUGUGAUCAAUGUCAACGCAAAGAACUACAAGAACGUGUUCAAGAAGUAUGAGGUGCUGGCACUCCUCUACCACGAGCCCCCGGAGGAUGACAAGGCCUCCCUGAAGCAGUUUGAGAUGGAGGAACUGAUCUUGGAGUUAGCAGCCCAAGUCCUGGAAGACAAAGGAGUUGGUUUUGGGCUGGUGGACUCCGAGAAGGAUGCAGCUGUGGCCAAGAAACUAGGACUAACUGAAGAAGACAGCAUUUAUGUGUUCAAGGGAGAUGAAGUCAUUGAGUACGACGGCGAGUUUUCUGCUGACACCCUGGUGGAGUUUCUGCUUGAUGUCCUAGAGGACCCUGUGGAAUUGAUCGAAGGUGAAAAAGAGCUGCAGGCAUUUGAGAACAUUGAGGAUGAAAUCAAACUUAUUGGUUAUUUCAAGAACAAAGACUCAGAGCAUUACAAAGCCUAUGAGGACGCGGCAGAGGAGUUCCACCCCUACAUCCCCUUCUUCGCCACCUUCGACAGCAAGGUGGCAAAGAAGCUCACCCUGAAGCUGAACGAGAUCGAUUUCUACGAGGCCUUCAUGGAGGAGCCUGUGACCAUCCCAGACAAGCCCAACAGCGAAGAGGAGAUUGUCAGUUUCGUGGAGGAGCACAGGAGAUCAACCCUGAGGAAGCUGAAGCCGGAGAGCAUGUAUGAGACCUGGGAGGACGAUAUGGAUGGAAUCCAUAUUGUGGCCUUUGCUGAGGAAGCGGAUCCUGAUGGCUACGAGUUCCUGGAGACCCUCAAGGCUGUGGCCCAAGAUAACACUGACAACCCUGACUUGAGCAUCAUCUGGAUUGACCCCGACGAUUUCCCUCUGCUGGUCCCAUAUUGGGAGAAGACGUUUGACAUCGACUUGUCAGCUCCACAAAUAGGAGUCGUCAAUGUUACUGAUGCGGACAGUGUGUGGAUGGAGAUGGACGAUGAGGAGGACCUCCCUUCUGCUGAAGAGCUGGAGGACUGGCUGGAGGACGUGCUGGAGGGCGAGAUCAACACAGAGGACGACGAUGACGAGGAUGACGAUGAUGACGACGACGAUGAUGAUGACUAGGUGCUGUGGCAGCCAUCUCUCAGCCCCACCUGUCCUUCUCAAACUCCUUCCUACUCUCCUGUCCUUCCUGUAGCUCCUUCAGGGACUCCUGGUCUCUCUGCCCUAGGGCCCGUUGGGGGUCUAUGGGCUGGGUGCUGCGACCUUGAUCCCCCUCAUCUGAUGAAGAAAGGAGCUACUUUUCCCUAGGCCCCAGCCAAGCUCUCUCUCAUCUGACUCUUGUUUCUUAUUCCAUAACUGACCUCUAGCUUUGAUUCUUCCAUCACUCCUUCCACUCUUCUCUUGUGAUAGUCCUCUUAACAGAUCUAUGGGCCCCGACUCUUUUCUCUUCCUCAAUGCCCAGCCUUCUCCCCCUAGCCCACGUCCUACGUCCUCUCAGUGUCCUGACCCUGGCCAGGGGGAAGCGAGGGCACCGUGUUUGGGGUUAGAUCACAGUAAUUUCUUGUUAAUGUAUUUGGGUCAAAUGGGAGGCCUCAAUA